AGUCAUAAUGGUGAGACCUAAAGUGGGAUGGGGGGUAUCAUCAGUGUCAGUGGAUGGGUGGAGUUGGGGUUGUUGACAAGCCCCCAUCCUCUCUGCUAUAUAUAUUACCUAAGACCAUCCUCACUCUGUCAUGCUGAAGACUGGCUGUCUGUCUGCACCAUGCCAAGUAAACCUGCUCCUAUCAAGAAGUCCCCAGCCAAGAAGGCUGCCGACAAGGCACCAGAGCCCGCCCCGGAGCCCGCUCCCGUAGAGGCACCACCUGCAGAGGCCCCACCUGCAGAGGCUCCACCCGCUGAGGCUGCACCUGCGGAGGCUGCCCCUGCGGAGGCUGCUGCUCCUGGCGGGGAAGCACCGGCCGAGGAGGCUCCAGCCCCCGCUGCCCCUGUAGAGGAAGCCCCUCCUGCUCCAGCUGCUGCUCCCGCUGCUGAAGAAGGUGCCACUGCUCCGACAGAAGAUGCCCCCGCAGACGCUGCUCCAGCUGAAGCUGCUGAACCUGCUGUAGUUGAGGAGCCACCAAAGGCCCCUACACCCCCGCCUCCUGCAGUCCCCACCAGCGCUCCACGGGACGUCUUUGUGGAGGAUGUGAAUGACUCCAACCUCACCAUCAACUGGACGACCCCAGAGACCAUUGGAGACUCUGGCCUGGAUGGAUACAUCAUUGAAUACUGCAAGAGUGGAACCACAGACUGGGUUAAAGCUCAGGAGCAGGUGACCCCAGCUAACCGCUACUGCAUCAAGAAUCUGACGGCUGGCGACCUGCUGCAAGUGCGUGUGGUGGCUGUAAACGCUGCUGGCCGCAGUGAACCUGGGACACUCUCAGAGCCAGUGCCAAUCCGUGAGGUUGUUGAUCGUCCCAAGAUCCGCAUGCCCCGGAACCUCAGAUCCAAAUAUGUAAGGCAGGUUGGAGAGCAGAUCAACCUGGUGAUCCCCUUUCUUGGAAAGCCCAAACCUGUGGUGUCCUGGCUGAAGGAUGGUCAGCCUCUUGACACAAAGAGGGUCAACAUCAGAAACAGUGAGAAGGACACCAUUAUGUUCAUCCGCCAGGCCGAGAGGGAGGACUCCGGUGCUUACGAGUUGUCUAUUAAAGUGGACAGCUUUGAAGACAAAGCCCUCGUCACGCUUCAGAUUGUUGAACGCCCUGGACCUCCUACCAGUGUGAAGCUGGUGGACUCCUGGGGCUUCAACGCUGCUCUGGAAUGGACUGUUCCAAAGGAUAAUGGCAACUCAGAGAUCACAGGAUACACUGUGCAGAAAGCCGACAGGAAGACCGGGGAGUGGUUCACGGUGCUCGACCACUACCACAGGCUCACUGCCACAAUCUCAGACCUCAUCAUGGGAAACGCGUACUCCUUCAGAGUGUUUUCUGAGAACCAGGUGGGAGUCAGUGACAGCGCCGCAAUCACCAAGAACGUUGCCACCAUCCAGAAAACAGGUAUUGUCUACAAGCAUCCUGAGUACCCUGAGCACAACUUCAGUGAGGCGCCCAAGUUCACCACACCCCUCAGUGACCGCGCUGCCACAGUGGGAUACACCACCAGGCUGCUGUGUUCUGUUCGUGGAAGCCCCAAGCCUAAGAUUGAAUGGAUGAAGAAUCAGAUGAUCAUCGGUGACGACCCUAAGUUUCGUCAGCUCGCUAACCAGGGCAUCUGCUCCCUGGAGAUCCGUAAGCCCUGCAGCUUUGAUGGAGGUGUGUACACCUGCAGAGCCAAGAACGCCCAGGGAGAGGCCAUCGUGUCCUGCAAGCUGGAGGUCAAACAGAUUAUUAUACCAGAGAAGGGAAAAUAGACCAACAGCUAAACCUCCUGAGUGUCUUUAAAAGAGCAGCAGAAAUCCAGGUCUUAGGCUUAAAGAAUUGCGGAGGUGAGAGAAAGUCGUGGUUGGCUGUGCUGCAGCAUGUACAUAAUGAGGAAAGAGACGGAUCAACAUACCAACAACCCCGCCUCCCCUUCCCACCCAUCCAAUCCCUGAUUCACCCACUUCUUUCAGAAUGCAAGGACUACUCACCCUACCCAUCCCAGUUUGCCAAAUGUAUGUUAUUUUAGAUGGUGACAUGUGUGUAAGUCUAUAUUUACCAUUCUGCCUGUGUCCAUGUGCUGUAUGUCACAGUAUAUGUAUGUACUACCUAAUAAAACAGUCAAUCCUUUA